AUGAAGAGACCCUCUAUACACGAUCUUGUCUUUAGACAUCAGUUCCCGAGCCCAAAACAAAACGAACCACAAAAUUUCUACGCUCACGUCCAACGCAACCUCGUCCCUGAAGUGCGAGUUGAAGUACAAACCUUCUAUGGUGCGUUGGACAGCCUCGAGGCUCAAUAUCCCGGCCUAGACUACACCCACGACCCUCACAGACGAAGACUCGGCAGGUUCCCAUGGCACAGAAGAUUGUUCCGAACCUUCGAUCAGCUUCGACUGACCGACGAUGAGGUUCUCUCAAUCUGUCAAUGGGAAGGCACAAAGAGUGCAAAGGACAAAUACGAAGCAGAAACCGGGCGCAGUAUCCAUGACACUACUGCUGAUGAUGUGGCACCGCCAGAGCGUUCCUCUCCAUCCGCCGUUGUCCAUCGUGUUCCACGACGCCAACCUUCAACAGAAACCAUGGCACACGUUGGCGCUCUGGACGAUCACUCUAUCGAGGAAGACCAAUCAGAAGAUGACGACGAUAUAGAAGUCAGUGUUGGUGUGCAGCUCAAUGAUCAGCUGAUGGCAGUUGAAGAAGGUGACUCUCCAAGCGAGGGGCCACUCGAGGAGUGGCUAAAAUACAUGCAUGAAAGAGACGUCAAUCGGGAUUCAGUGCUGCAAGCUAUCAGGGCUGGUCACCCUCCACCGACAGUUCUGGAAAAUAUUCGAGCUAGUGCUGCCAUGUCCAGCAAUGAAGCUGUUGUUUCAGCUUCUUCCAACAUGAUGUUUCCGCCAUUACGCAGCAUUCCUACCACGCCGCAGCACAGUUAUGGUCUGGCAAGUGAAGAGAUAUUGGCGUCGUUGCAGGAGCGCAGAGUUCAGGCCUGA